AUGUUCAAAAGGAUAUCUCCCUGCAAAUCAGUCUCUGAGAAGAAUCUGUUCCGCUGUGGAUUCAAAUGCAUCACAAGAGAGAAACAGUUAGCAAAUAAAGAAGACAGAAAGAAGCCGUCGCUGUUCCCCGCCAAAUUACAUCGGCAGUGCUGCUGCCGCGCGUGGAACCACGCGUCAGUGGGUUUACCAAAACAACUCGCUUUGAGUCACGGAGACACGGCGGCGCGUAGGAAACACGCGGUUGACGUCGAGCUAUGCCUUAUUAAAGCUGAAUGGAAACUGAACGGCACUGAUACACACCACUAUCACACUAAAGAGAAGAAGAAGAAGAAAAAGAAAGGGUCACGGAUUCCAGAAGAAUCUGAAACGAAAAGCCCUAAUUCAAUUGCGCGUUCCACAUAUGUAGGAAGAGGAGUUCAGUGA